CUUUUGGCAGCGAGAAGCAGAUGAAAGUCUUUGAAAACUCAUCCCUUGGGGUUAGCCUGACUUUGUCAGAGUGCAUGGUUAGUCCUGCAUACCGUGUCUCCCAGCUUGUCUGCCAUCGCUCAUCAUGCCUAAUUUACCUAAAGAAGGGGAAGAUUCAGCAGAGACACAGCUCACAGCUCCUUCUGAUCCACUGAGGGAUACAACUACAAGCAGUAGAACAUGUGUUCUACCGACAAUUAUCCUACCAGAAUAUGGAGAUCCUCCAGAUGAAAACUCACAGAAACAUUUUCUAGAAAAAACUAGAUCACUUAGUCCUUCAGGGAGGUCCAAUCGACCCUCAAGACCAUCAUUAUCUUCAAGUAGCUCUCUGACUUCAGUUGACACUAACGGGCACGUGAUUGAUCUGGUGCGUGAUAGUUUACCUGAUGUCAGAAUAUCUGAGGAUGAUAUAAAGAAAAACCUGGAAUUGCUGGAGGAAGCAAAGAAAGUUAGUGAGAGAUUUCUAACCAGAAGAGGAAGGCGAUCAAGAUGCAGUCUAUCCGAUUCCCCCACAGCCAUAUCUCCGACACUGAGCCCAAGGGUUUCACCUGUGCCAUCCCGGAGCAAUUCAUUCACAUUUCCAACUCCGCCAGGGCCUGAUCCAUACUCUAAUAUAUUGCCUACACCAGCAGUGAUACUUCAGAAUAUUACAAAAGGAUUAUCAGAUCGAAAACUAAAUGAUCAGAGGAAAAUUUCCCAAGGAAGACUCUCUCCUCGUUCCCCAGCAGUGGUAGCCUCGAAAGAGACACUUUCUGAACAUAAAGAAAACUUUGACCCUUUGAAGCACACAACAAAUAUGCAUAAAGUGCCAAGUAUUGAAAGCUGCAAGGCAUCUCCUUAUAAGAGCAUUAUUGUUCCUGAAAAUAGCUGUGCAAAGUCUAUUCUGAAGAAGCCCAAAGAGAUUGAUUUACCACUAGCAGGCCACUUACAAGGACCGUGUUUAACUAAUUCAGUAUUGAAAGGACUAGAACAUUGUCCAUCUGAACCUAGGAUUGUUAAUAAACUUGAUCAAAAGACUUUGGGGGAUCGGCCUCCUCUUUUGAGAGCUCUUUCUUGGGAUAGUGUAGAACCUGGACAUAAGGCAAAAGUGACUUUGGAAUUACCAGAUAAGGAAAGGGAUUCAUUUGACAAUCAUGACCAAAUCAACAAUAAACUAUCAAAAUUUACAGGGUUUAAGGACUUUCACAUACAACCAGUUCGUCUUCAGAAACUGACCAAACUAAGGGAGGAAAACAAGCUUCUGAGAAGCCAGCAACUUACUGGACAAAAACUUCCAGAUCUUAGUGAGGCAGCGGAACAAGAAAGAGGUUCAUCCCCUGUUCAUUCAUCUGCUGAUGAAGAGGAAGGAAAAGGAGACUCUGACGUGAUGCCUAAUAUCCCUGAUAUCUUAUUACGCAAGUUACGAGUUGAUAGAUCUCUGCCCAACAGUGCCCCGCCACUGACUGAAAAAGAAGUAGAGAAUGUGUUCGUGCAGCUUGCGCUGGCCUUUCGAAAUGACAGCUAUACCCUGGAACCCAGACUCAACCAGGCAGAGAGGGAGAGAAAUUUGACGGAGGAGAACAAUGAAAAAGAAAUAGAGAACUUUAGAACUUCUAUAAUGUCUUCAGUGUCUCUGUGGCAAAACAGCGAACACAGAGAAGCAUAUCAAAAAUUACUGGAGGAUAUUGCAGUCCUUCAUAGGCUAACAACUAGACUGUCAAGCCGGGCGGAAAUGGUUGGAGCUGUUCGUCAGGAGAAGCGCAUGUCCAGGGCCACAGAGGUUAUGAUGCAAUAUGUAGAAAACCUAAAGAGAACGUACGAGAAAGAUCAUGCAGAAUUAAUGGAAUACAAAAAACUUGCAAACCAAAAUUCCAGUAGGAAUUAUAGCGGAUCAGAAGAUGGUGUUCCACGCUCAUCCCGAUCUAUGUCUUUAACUAUUGGCAAGAACAUGCCGCGCAGAAGAGUCAGUGUUGCUGUAGUUCCAAAAUUUAAUUUACUAAAUAUGCCUGGACAGUCACCCAGCCACUCUCCUUUACCUGGAUUGUCAUCACUUACGGAAUCACCCAGUGGGAGAAGCAGUUUGCAAAGCUCACCAGCACUAUCGCCACUUUUAGAAAAUGGGAAGACCAAUGUGGAUUGUGAGUCCGAAUUACCCGGGACAGGAUUGCUCCAGAGUUGCCCAGAGGAAAUCAGCCCCGAGAUAAAGGCAAAGAUUGAAGAGGAAGCUUAUAACAAAGGAUAUCAAGAAGGAUUAAAAAAAAUACAAGGUCUUCGUGAAUUGAAGGAGGAAGAGGAAGAAAAAACUGUUGAAUUCUCAGCGGAGUUUGAAGAGGAAGAAAAAGAGGAAGCAAGUAAGGUGAAAAACAGCAAAAUAGAAGAAUGCCUUGAUUAUGUAUAUAUGCUAUAUCCCAAAAUUGUAAGCAAUUGGAAUGUCAUCUCCAUUGUGGCAGCUGGAAUAGUUCUACUUGCAGUAAUUCUGAGUAUCUACAACUCUUUUACUUCUUGCACUGAAAUACCAGAUGGACCUCAUGGAAAAGCAACAUGUGCUGCAUCCCAGAAAUACUCUUGGUGGACUCAUGGACUCCAUAAGCAGCGCAGGCAGUAGAACAAUAUAAAAGAUACUUUUCAUAUGUGUAUAACACACCCAAAUGAUAUAUCUGUAGCUCUUAAGCCAUUGUGCAUGUAAAACCCAGAGCAUGUCAAACUAUAUGUAGAGUCUUUAAGGCUGAGAUCCAUAAUGGCAUCACUUUCACAUUUGGAGGUGCUAUGUGCAUAUAAUUAUGAUUAGACAAACAGGUUCAUCUGGGAAUCCUCCAACAAGAGCUUUUCAAGCUGCACUAGCCACAACAAGGUGAAUGUGCUGUAAUCUUAUUAUUUCAGAGCAUGGUUCCUUAAACAAAUACAGAUUAAAUGCUUUGCUGCCAGAAAAGUCUGCAAGGCAAUGAAAACUGAUAUUUUGCAGGCCAACUCUGAAGUGGCAAACAGCUUAAGAAGCAGGCAGCUCCUCUGUAGCUUCCAUGUGCAAAAGUAUGUCUGCACCACACAAGCUUUUGCAGUUUGAUAAAAAGAGCCAUUAAUAUCAAAUUCUGCUGGGAAAAUUGAUGCAUAAUUAGUUACGUAGCUUGAAUAAAUCAAUAAAUCUUAAAUGUAUCAGUAUUGUAUAGCCAGGACUAGAAGAACAGCAAUAUAGCUUAUUAGACAAGGGAACCAAAUUACUAAUUGAGAAAAAAAAAGUUAGAUCACAUUAAAAUGACUUAAAAGUCUAUUUUCUUCUUUAUCCACCACAAGUGUUAGUCUAAUGGAAAUUUCCAGUUCUGAAUAAUCAUAUACAUGGGUUGAACAAUGACUGCAAUUCAACACAAAAGAAAAGAAAAUUGUCAAAUAAAUAGGCAUAGAACACCUGAAAAUCCAAUAUAUAUAUAAAAAGACUAUCAAGGGAGUAGUUAUUUUAAUUGAGCAAAACAACCAUAAUUAAGAUAUUUAUAUAAUGAAAAUUUACAAAACAAGAAAUUAACCAAAUAAAUUAAAAGAGUAGCCUAAUAUAUUACAAACAAAAAAUAGAUUUAUACUUUUCUAAAAAAAAAAAAGGAAAACCUGCUCUAAUUGCAAUGUUUGUUAGUAAUCCAUUUGUUUAUGAUAUUACACUCAAUCAAAAACAAUCAGGAAAAAAGAGAGUAUGAGAACGUGUAUUUAAAAUUCAAUUUGAAAGUACUCUGAAGCAUUCUGCAUGUUUUUAUCAGUUCCUGAAACAUUUAACUUACAGUAGUCAUUCUAAUUUUUUUUAUCUUGGAAUAUCCUUGAUAUUCUAUUAAAACCCACGUAACAUACCUAAUUUAUCUUUAUAAUGUAUAUGAUAUCUCAAGGAUAUUUCCGAGAACCCUAAGGUGGUCUGAC